GUGCAGUGCUAGUCAUAAUAGAUAACGAUCACAUCAAAUAUUUAAUUGAUUAUUAGAUCUGAUACUCAAACUGAUUUUGUAUUUAGAUUUGUAUUAAGACUUAUAAUUAUGUACUUUUCCCUAAACAUUUAUUAUUAAUUUUUUAAUAAUAAAAGCUGAUUUGUUUAAGGCUUCAUUGUUUGUGCAGAACUAUGGUCAGUAAAAAUAAUUAAUUGUCGAUAUUCAUUGCAUAUUGAGGGGGAUGUCCCAGGUAAAAUCCCUCGCCUCAGGCUCAUAAAAUAAUUAUAAAAAUUAUUUAUUUCCAGUCUUAUUAUUAUUAUUUCCAGUCUUUGGGCAAAAAUGUCUACAACCCUCACUUCCCUCCGUUCUAUGUUCAAAGUCUCUGUCGUGACAGUCACUGCAGUCCUUCUCCUACUGCCUCAAUCCGUUAGUGCUUGUGAGACCAACAAGGAAUGCACGGAAACCGUUUCGGCUUCCUACAAAAACAGCUUGGUUGAAGUAUUACAGCAAGGAGAAGGUUUUAUUCCUCCUUAUAACACUACUGCCUACAAUAAUGGUGGCUCUGUCAACUUUACUGCUACAUCUAAUUUCUCCAUUUAUUGCCCAGCAGUAACUUAUAAAAAUGACUGCCGUUGUUCGGAUUAUACAGAAACACCUGUGGACGGAUUCUACUAUCUCAUAGUUUUCACUAUUUACAACAUCAGUAUGGCAGAUGAUGGUACAAGGGUUGAUAUCUGUGCACACUGUAGUGAUGGGCUCAAAUGCUUUCCUCCAGCUUAUCUGAAUGUAAAGGAUAAGCCAGUAUUAUCAGCUGAUGAUGUGUAUGCCAUUGCUACUUGUAAUGGUAUACAAGUAGAAGGACAGAAAGACAAUGACACAGUCAUUAUGGCCACAGUGAAGGACUCUCUUAAUCUCACUGUGCUUCAUUGCAGCAUUUCAACUUUACCAUAUCUGAUUAAUUAUACUGUACUCCCUCCUGGUAUUGACUUUAAUAUUGAAUUUGUUGGUGUUAAUGCAGCUGGAGUGGGAGGAGCAUUGGAACAAACAGUGUCAUUUGAGAAUUUAACUUACUUUCAACUGGGACCCUUUGAAGUUUUAUUUGAAGAGGACAAGGAGCAAUUAGUCAUCAGAUUUAUUUUCAAUGACACCAGUAGUCCAUCAUGGGCUUCUGGUAAUUGUUUUAUAAGACCACAAGAGGUGGAGGUCAGCUCAAUUUGUAUACUUGGAGGGAGUAGAUCCUUUGAUAUCAGUGAUACUGACAAUGUUACUGCUGAUCUGUUGGAUGGAACAACUAGUUCUAAUUGUGAAUUUAAUGUAUCAUCAGGAAAAAUUAACUAUCAAAAAGUUAUAAACACCAGGCCAGUAGUAGCUUCUGUAUAUCCUGAGGUCACAACUAAUGGACAGUUCAAUAUUACUGCUGAUUACAUUCGUGGAGUACCAGAAUUAGUGAUACAAGUACUAACGUCAAAUGGAAGUGAACACUCUACUCAAGAGAUUAGUCUGAGACUUGAUAAUGGCAGACGUUCACUGACUGUUUUAAGCAGUGUAGUAUUAGCUAAUGGUAGCUAUACUGUUAAUGUGUUUAUUAAGAAACAUAAUGGAGCAUUGCUUAUGGUGGAAAGUGGUAUACCAAUUCACUGUGUGAUGAAAGAAGAGGAUGAUAAUAAUAAUAAUAAUAAUAAUAAUGAUCAUGAUGAUGAUGAUCAUGGUGGUGGUAAUGAUGGUGGUGAAGUUGAGCCUGAUGGUGAAUUAGAUUGGUGGAUUUAUGUGAUCAUUGCUAUAGUUUGUUUGAUUGUUUUUUCUAAAACAAUUGCAUUUGUUGCAACUGUUUUGGUAAUAAUUGCUGCAGUUCGUAACAGAAGGAAUUCUAACAGGGGAAAUGGGAACAGAAAUAGAAUGCGAUCUGCAGAACUGGUACAGAAUAGCAAUAAUGCUGUGGAACUAUUAGAAGUGGUUAAUCAAGUUACUGAUUAUCACCGGAAUGAACCUAUGGAAAGAAAUGACGGAAGAGAAGUGGAAAAAGAAAAAGAAGAAAAUCAACAGAUUGAACAUGUUGAAGGGGGAGGAAAGGAUGGAAGAGAGGGGGAUAAUGUAGAGCAACCAAACAAUCUAUAUGAACAUAACCAGCAACCAGCAACACCUGAAGACAGUAUACCAACCCUAUCACCUCAUAAUACUCUCCCAUUGCCUGUUGCUGAUACAGGAACACCAGAUUAUACACAAAACCAGCAGCAGUAUUAUAAUCCUACUCCCCAAGAACCAUCCAUAACUGAUAGCACCGAAAAUUCUGUUGCCUGUCUAAUUUCACAGAAGGACAAAGUACCUUUUUCUGGUUCCGUUUCUCAUCCUACUCCUAUUCAAAUUGCGUCACGAAGUGGUACUGGAAUUUCUAGUACUACUGCAUCGGAAACUGCUGCUUUGCUACCUCCAUCAGAACAGCAUGGUUACUGGCAUGAAACCAGUGAAGCUUCUGAACAUACUAAAACUGAUCUGGUGGUUACUAAAACUGAUCUAUUGGUUAAUAGUCCUCCAAAUCCUCCAGUUACCAUUCCACAACUUGUGGAACCAGUUGAUGAGUCUCAAUCUAGUUCAUUCAAUCCGUCUAAUGAACUUGUGCAGCCUGUUGGAUCAGAUAGUAUUGCUUUUGUUGGCAUUUCUGCUGGAAAUAGUAAAACUGAUAAGGAUUUCCUUGUUAUGCCACCUGCUACUUUUCACAGACAAUUUUCUCGGAGUAUCUCUCAAGAGUAUCGACAGAGAAUAUUGGAGGGUUCUUGUCCUACCACACCUACUGCUGUAACUCCUACUGAUCAACGUAAGCAUAAUUAUUAAUACUAAUUAAUGUAUAUUUAUAAUAAAAAUAGUUGUUUAUUUUGGAGUUGGAACAGAUGAAAAACAUAACUAGAAUUAAUUGAGCUGAGGAAAAUUUUUAUAAUAGCUGCAUUGCUACCUCACUGCUGCUUAUUUUAUAUUAUAU